AUGAACAUGGACUUUUGGAGAGCAGUUUUCAAGGAGCAAAUUGAAGCAGUGAAACCGAGAGAUUUCUGGAGACUAACAAUGGAUCGGAGCCUUGACUUCCAUAAUGUGGCAUCUCCAUGGAGGAAAUCGCUGCAGGAACAUGCUCAUGGAAGGUAAAACAUCAGCUGCUACUGCAUGCACAAUAAUUUUGCAAUGCACAGAGCCAUAAAAAGCUGACUUUUGCUGUGUCAGAUGCUCAGUACUGCCUACCCUGAGUGACAGCGAUUCUCCAGCAGGCACGGCCAAAUUUGGCCCUUCAGCUGUUUUGGGACUACAGUUCCCAUCAUCCCUGACCACUGGUUAGUUAGGGCUGAUAGGAGUUGUAGUCCCAAAACAGCUGGACGGCCAAGUUUGGCCAUGCCUGCGUCCAGGGUUUCAUUCAGGGCCCUCUCCUAGCCCUACCCAGAGUUGUCAUUGGGGAUUGAUCCUGAUCUCUAAUCCUGAGCUACAGCUCUUCCCAUAAUGUGCUCCGGCACACCAGUGGCUUCAAAGAUCUGUCGAGGUCCCCUCAGACAGGGGGUUAUCGUGAGAUAGAUAGCAGCUGUGCACACAAAACUAUUUGUCACCACACCUUUACUGCACCUGAGCCAAACCUUGCCAAUUUGUUUUCAGAAGUAUAGUACAAUAAUAAUAAUAAUAAUAAUAAUAAUAAUAAUAAUAAUAAUAAAUUAUUUAUACCCCGCCCAUCUGGCUGAGUUUCCCCAGCCACUCUGGGCGGCUCCCAAUCAAGUGUUAAAAACAGUACAGCAUUAAAUAUUAAAAACUUCCCUGAACAGGGCUGCCUUCAGAUGUCUUUUAAAAAUAGGAUAGCUGCUUAUUUCCUUCACAUCUGAAGGGAGGGUGUUCCACAGGGCGGGCGCCACUACCGAGAAGGCCCUCUGUCUGGUUCCCUGUAACCUCACUUCUUGCAAUGAGGGAACUGCCAGAAGGCCCUCGGUGCUGGAUCUCAGUGUCCGGGCUGGAUGAUGGGGGUGGAGACGCUCCUUCAGGACUGAGGCCCUUUAAGGCUUUAAAGAUCAGCACCAGCACUUUGAAUUGUGCUUGGAAACGUACUGGGAGCCAAUGCAAAUCUCUCAGAACUCAGUGUCCCGGCGGCCACUCCCAGUCACCAGUCUAGCUGCCGCAUUCUGGAUUAAUUGCAGUUUCCGGUAUAGUAUAGUAUAGUAUAGUAUAGUAUAGUAUAGUAUAGUAUAGUAUAGUAUAAUACCAAAAUAAUUUUGGGGGGUAUUUACAACCAGAAACAGUAUCUAUGCCUCUCUUCAAGAGCAUUGGCUAUUCUUCUACAGUUCUCCAUGACAUAUUGUGUUGCGCAGGGAUUUUCAACUCUGACAAAUAUGAAACAUCAGAAAAGAGAAAGGUUUCUUUGUGUUGAUGAAGAGAUGGGUGUUUAUUUGUCUCAAAUGAGACCUGAGAUUACCUGGCAAGCUCACACCUCUAAUUGAGUUUGUAUACAUAUUUAAGGUACACAUAUAAGAGGCUUGUUUAUUUAUUUAUAAUUAUAUCUGUGAGAUGAUUCAUGUUCUUCUGUAGCCACAUUGUUUUAAACUUUCUGGGUGUCCCAUAGUCCUAUUAUAAAGUAGUUGUGUUUUGUGCUAUAAACCAAGCACUUCUAGAAGUUGUUUCUUUGUGUUUUCUUAUCAAUGACAAAUUCAGUGCGGCACAAGCAAAUUUGUAUUCUGAAAGUGUGGCCCAGGGGGAAAAAACACCUUCGAGAACCAGUACAACAGCUCCCACUCUUGAGAGCAGGGCAGAAGGGAGCUCUGGGAUUUCAUGUGACUUCAGGCUCAUACACAGUUUCUUUUGAUUCAUUUUCUGAGCAUAAAGUAAAGGUAAAGGGACUCCUGACCAUUAGGUCCAGUCGUGGCCGACUCUGGGGUUGCGGCACUCAUCUCGCUUUAUUGGCUGAGGGAGCCGGUGUACAGCUUCCGGGUCAAGUGGCCAGCAUGACUAAGCCGCUUCUGGCGAACCAGAGCAGCGCAUGGAGACGACGUUUACCUUCCCGCCAGAGCGGUACCUAUUUAUCUACUUGCACUUUGAUGUGCUUUCAAACUGCUAGGUUGGCAGGAGCAGGGACCCAUCAACGGGAGCUCACUCCAUCGCCGGGAUUCAAACCACCGACCUUCUGAUCGGCAAGUCCUAGGCUCUGUGGUUUAACCCACAGUGCCACCUGCAUCCCAGUUUCUGAGCAUAUUGUGUACUGAUUAGUCUCCCCAAAUCCGAGACCAUUUCUUAUGGUUCUACAGCGGUACCUUGCGAAAACACGAUCCUAGCCACUGAGCUGCAGCUCAGUUAAACAAAACUCGGAGUCGAGAGUGGAUUUCAUGCUCUUUAUUCAGCUCAUAGUGGUGAGGAGGAAUGGAAGUUCCCCCAGAAUGUCUGCUUUAUAUACAUUAUUACCCAAUGGGCCCCAUGUGAUUGGCUAAUUCUGGGAUUCUCCUGUAGGCCAAUCAGGUUGCGGAUUCACUUCCACCUGGAGCUGGAUUGGGUGGCUCCUGUGGACCAAUCAGACUGCUGCAUUCUGGAUCCUAUUGUUCUAGGACCAAUCAGACUGCUGCAUUCUGGAUCCUAUUGUUCUAGGACCAAUCAGACUGCUGCAUUCUGGAUCCUAUUCAACUAAGUACAUAACAGAAGUGAAUCAGCGACCUGAUUGGCCAGCAGGAGCAGCCAAUCAGGCUCCUGGAUGAAGUGAAUCAGCAACCUGACUGGCCUGCAGGAGCAGCCAAUCAGGCUUCUGGAGGAGGUGAAUCCGCAACCCAGAAUUAGCCAAUCAUGCGGGGCCCAUUGUGUAAAUAAUGUCAUUUUGGGGAAAGUUUCAUUCAUUGCUACUAUGAGCUGAAUAAAGAGCAUGAAAUUCACACUCAACUCCGAGUAUAUUUCACCUUUGUUAACUGGAAUCGUCCAUCUGGGGAAAUCAACUGCAGGUUCAAAGUAUCAAAAGGAAGCACUUUCUCCAGGAUAACCCCAAAGAGAAGUCCCUAAACCUGUUGCCGUUCUUCUCCAUUCCUCCCACCUUUGUCUCUUUUAGCUUUACAUGUUCACGAUGCUACCACAGCUGGUCCUCACAUCAAGUUGUCAUCUUGUUCCAUAUGCACCUGGAGCGAUACAGGAAUCAAGGGUCGGUCAGGAUGAGGACCUUCAGGCAGCGAUGCUACCAGUGCUCUUCAGACAAGUACGAAGAGCCACAGUUCAGCGAGGAGGAUGUCAUCCAUAGCGUUGAGUGCUUGAUCUUAAGCAUCAGAAAGAAAUGCUACGGGGAACACUUAGAUGACAGCAGACUCUUUGAGGUGGUACAUGAGAACAGGGGCCCUCAUAAGCAUGAGCAUUGUGAAGCUUGUCACCUGGGAAUACACAAUGCACAUUAUAGGUGGUCUAGAGGUGCCGGUCAUCAUAGGGAGCCCCAAAGACCAGCACAUCUCCCAGCCAGUCUGCAGGAGAGUAAGGCAAGCUCAACCACUUACAGCUCCUUGGCAACACCAAAAUAUGAAGCAUUUGCAAACCACGCUGACCCCAAUUUUUGCCAGGAAUGUUGCUCUUGUUUCAUUGCUUUUGUGAUUGUGAUUGUUGUAUUCCUUGUCUACUGGAAUAAGAAUAAAUACCUGUGA